AUGAUGAUGCUUAUUGGAAUGAAAGCGAAUAUCGGGCCUAUGAAGACAUUUAGAUUUUAUAAGGAACUAGUCGGUGGAUACGAUGAUGUGGGCUGUACUGCACAAGAUUUCAAGAAUUAUGGUCGUGACCUAAGGGCGUUUUCCGAUGGAGUUGAUGCCCGCAUAUUAUUAGAUAAUUUCAGGGAUAAACAAGAGAGUUGUCCAGGUUUUAAGUUCUCCUUUGAUACAUUUGAAGAUACUACAUUGAAGAGACUGUUUUGGGCGGAUGAUUGCUCCAUCAAGAAUUUUAAAUUAUACGGGGAUGCUGUUUCUUACGAUGCUACAUACCGAACCAACAAGUACAAAUUGAUAUUCACUCCUUUCACUGGCAGAGACAAUCAUGGGAGAUGCAUAACCUUUGGUGUUGUUUUUAUUUCGAAUGAGGAUGUUGAAUCCUAUUCAUGGGUCUUCAGCAAAUUUGUUGAGAGUAUGGGAGCUCAUCCACUUAUCCUUAUAACAGAUCAAGACCCGGCAAUGAGAAAGGCCAUUGAAAACGUAUUACCUAAUACGUCUCACAGACUUUGCAUGUGGCAUAUAUUGAUGAAGUUUGCCGAGAAGUUGCCGAAUCACUUAAUGAAGGACUCGGAAUUGAAAGAAAAAUUCAACAAUAUUGUGUGGCCUGAUCUUGUUGAACCUUCUGACUUUGAGGAGAAAUGGCACUGUCUCAUGGAUGAGUAUGACCUCGGCGGCAAUAGAUGGUUUACCGACAUGUUUGCAUUAAGAGCCAAUUGGGUACCGGCAUAUUUUCGGGACUCUAAAAUGAGUGGGCUCUUCAGGACAACGUCAUUGUCAGAGAGUGAAAAUAGUUUAUUCAGACGACACGUUAAUAAGAACUCGGAUUUGGUGCAACUAUAUAUGCAUUAUGUUGGAGCUAUGGAGGCACAGCGUAAUACAUAUGAUACUAUAACUCUGGCUGAUGAAACUGGUUCUCUUGAUUUGAUUACCCAGUCUCAUAUAGAACACCAUGCAUCAACCGUAUACACGAAUAAAAUAUUCAAGGAGGAGGUGCAAGUAGAAAUUAUUUCCGCCGCACGAACAUGUUUGAUAUCUCAAAUGUAUGUGGAGAAUAGCAGCAAUUUUUAUGAAGUUGAUGAUACGGUUGAUGGUGUCUCGAAGGUGUGUUACAGAUCGGUUGAUGACGAGUACACAUGCUCCUGUAAGUUGUUCACUAGGAAGGCUCUCCUGUGCAGGCACAUCUUCUUUGUUAUGAGGAACAAAAAAUUGACUCGCAUCCCAGAUAAGUACAUUGCUGCAAGGUGGUCAAAGUUGUCAAAAGUUGCUGCACAUCUAACUGAACAUCUUUCCAUUGAAAAGAGGUUUUCUAGGAAUAACCACAUUUUCUUGGAAUUGUGCAAAUCCAUUGGUCAUGUUAGAGGCGACUCCAUUCUUAAGGUCCAACUGUUUGAUGAUUUGAAAGGUUUGACAGAAAAGUAUUCAAAGUUGGGAGUACCCAUUGAUAAGAGCUGCAAGAAUGAUAUGUUUGUUGAAUACUAUGGUUCUGUAAGACCAACUGAAGUUGACGUGCUACCACCGAGCGUAGUACACACUAAAGGUAGCGGUUCUGGUGGGCGAAGGAAGUCAACGAGGGAGAAACUAGUUGAACAAGCUCUGAAGCCCAAGAGAAAAUGCAAGAAGUGCAGUAGGUUGGCUAAUCAUGACUCUAGGAACUGCCCAGGAGUUGAUGUCGUAGAGGAAUGA